ACUAAAAUAAGGCUUAAUGGGCCUAGAUGAGACUAAACUUUGAAAUAGCUCCGCCGUUAAGCCGCCUUUCACCAAGUUCGCCAUUGCUAAUCGCCGUCGCGCUUCGAUGGCUCCUCCUCCAUGGCUACACCUCUACCUGAAGAGAAGCUCAACUAAAUCUCCUCUCAGCUCUCUUCUCUUCGUUCGCUCUUCUUCAUCGAGCUCUAACGAAUCCAUUUCCAGUCAAAACCGACCAAUCGCCGGGACAGAGAUACGCGGCGGUGGAAGAGGAGGAGAGGAAGUACAAUUCUACCGUGCUAGAUCUUUGACCUUAUCUAAUCUGAUCAAUUCUACCACUCAUCAUCAUCACACACACUCCUCUAUAGGUUUUAGAGGUUUAUCUAGUAGUACUAGUAGUGGAGGAUGCGAUGACGAAAUCGAAUCUGAAUGCGAUGACAACGAUGAAGAUGAUGAUCGUGCUAGUGAUGAAAUAGGUGUCAGUUGUAUUGUUGAUUCAAGUACCAAUCCUGAAGAAGUAGAGAGAGUCUGCAAAGUGAUCGAUGAGCUCUUUGCCUUAGAUAGAAACAUGGAAGCUGUUCUCGACGAAAUGAAUGUAUCUCUAUCUCACGAUCUGAUCGUUGAGGUUUUAGAACGGUUUAAACACGCUAGGAAGCCUGCGUUCAGAUUCUUCUGCUGGGCCGGAGAGAGGCCAGCAGGCUUUGCUCACGACUCCAGAACAUACAACUCAAUGAUGACUAUCUUAGCCAAGACUCGACAGUUCGAGACCAUGGUUUCUUUGCUAGAAGAGAUGGGCGCGAAAGAGUUAUUAACGAUGGAGACAUUCACUAUCGCGAUGAAAGCCUUUGCUGCUGCCAAAGAGAGGAAGAAAGCUGUUGGAAUCUUUGAGCUGAUGAAGAAGUACAAGUUCAAAAUCGGCGUGGAGACGAUUAAUUGUUUGUUGGAUAGUCUUGGUAGGGCGAAGCUUGGGAAAGAGGCUCAGGUUUUGUUUGAUAGGUUGAAGGAGAGGUUUACUCCGAAUCUGAUGACGUACACUGUUCUGCUUAAUGGUUGGUGUAGAGUUAAGAAUUUGAUGGAGGCGGCGAGGAUCUGGAACGGUAUGAUUGAUCAGGGGUUGAAACCUGACGUUGUGGCUCAUAAUGUUAUGCUUGAAGGUUUGCUGAGGAGUAGAAAAAAGUCUGAUGCGAUUAAACUGUUCCAUGUCAUGAAAGCUAAGGGGCCUUGUCCUAAUGUCCGUAGCUAUACUAUUAUGAUACGUGACUUCUGUAAACAGUCGAGCAUGGAAGCUGCUGUUGAGUAUUUUGAUGAUAUGGUUGAUUCCGGUUUGCAGCCCGAUGCUGCGGUUUACACGUGUCUGAUCACUGGUUUUGGGACGCAGAGGAAGCUGGAUACGGUUUACGAACUGCUCAAGGAGAUGCAAGAGAAGGGACAUCCUCCGGAUGGCAAAACGUAUAACGCUUUGAUUAAAUUGAUGGCGAGUAGGAAGAUGCCGGAACAAGCGGCAAGGAUCUACAACAAGAUGAUCCAGAACGGGAUCGAGCCGUCGAUACACACGUUCAACAUGAUGAUGAAAUCUUACUUCAUGGCGAGAAACUACGAGAUGGGGAGGGCGGUUUGGGAGGAGAUGGGCAAGAAAGGGAUUUGUCCUGACGACAACUCAUACACGGUUUUGAUCAGGGGACUUAUUGGUGAAGGGAAGUCGAGAGAGGCGUGUAGGUACUUGGAGGAGAUGCUUGACAAAGGAAUGAAGACUCCUUUGAUUGAUUAUAACAAGUUUGCUGCUGAUUUUCAUAGAGGAGGGCAGCCGGAUAUAUUUGAGGAAUUGGCACAGAGAGCUAAGUUCUCUGGUAAGUUUGCUGCUUCAGAGAUCUUUGCGAGGUGGGCUCAGAUGACUAGAAGGAGAUUCAAACAGAAAUUCACGGAAGAUUGAUGACUUAGGGAUCUUUCAGUUCACUUACUCGGAGAAGGCUUGUGCUCAUUAAUAAGUGGUUUUCACUUGAUCUCAUCUACCAAUUCUUGGUUUGAUCCAGAACUAUUAACUUCUGAUGAAGAACAUGACUUUGCACUGCUGGGACUUAUCUUACACACAUGGUUUGCUUUGUUAUCAUCAACACAAGGUGUAUACUUACAAAGGCCAAGCCUCAAAGAUGUCUCUGCUCUUUGUACUGUAACAUUUGUCUGAACGAGAGCUUAUAUAUUAGUGAUUUCACUGUAGCAUGUUACAUAUUUGAGUUUAUACAUUUUCAUUCAACCUUCAAAA